AGCACAUUAAACAUUCACUAUGGCCGCACAGGUUUAUGCUGGGGCAAUAUGAUUGUUUCAGAUCUGCUGUUGGUCAUUAUCAUCUCUUACUUUCAUCUUGCCAUAAAUCAUAUCCUAAUGAGUAGAGCUGUUAAUAUCAGCUGAUAUGUCACGUGUUGCAUUUGAAAACAACGAACUUAAUUUACGUCAGCAACCACAACCAGAGUUUCCUGUUCCAUGGUAGCUCUCCUCACGUCACACAGAUGAACAGCACAGAAGGACAUGUUCGCUGCUUGGCUGCAAUACUUCAUAAAGGACCAAAAAGAAUGUCUUUUCUGAUCAUGAACACAUCAAAUGUCAUCACAGAAGACCAGGUUUAUGCUGGGGUCUUUGGCUGCGUGAUGGUGAUAGGUCUGCCUCUCAAUGCAGUCGCACUGUGGAUUCUUCUUCGCCGCCACAGCCUCAAAUCACCCAACGCUGUCUUCAUGGUCAAUCUAGCAUUCUCAGACCUUUUACUCAUCAUCUCUUUGCCCAUGAGGAUCUACUUUCAUGCGACCCGUGACUGGCCUCUGAGCAAUAUGGCGUGCCUCAUCAUUACAAUGCUCUUUCGUGACAACAUCCGUUCCAGGGCUAUGUUUAUCACCUUCAUCAGUGUGGACAGAUUGCUGGCUGUGGUUUAUCCUCUGAGGUCACGCCAUUUAAGAACCUCGUCCAAUGCCUGGAAAGGAGCUGCAUUCGUCUGGAGUUUUUUGCUGGUGGUGAAUAUCCGAGAGAGUUUGGACUUCCUAGAACAUUUGCAGGACCACACUCAACCUACCUGUUUUAAAUCUUAUGACUCUUACGAGCCUUUAUUGAGUAAAACUCGAUUAGCAGUUAUUUACCUUCAGAUUGUGUUACUGGUCACAAUGCUAACAGUCAACAUUGUGUGCACCAUUAUGGUGUCUUGGACUCUGCACAGACAUCUCAGUGACUCUGCAAAGGUCAACAACAAGAUGAAAGUUAUGCUGAUCUUUGUCAUGAACUUGGUUUUGUUUGCCAUGUUCUUACCUGUGCCUAUAGGAAUGGCUGCACAUGGCAAAGAAAUCAUGCCGCUGGUAUGUCUUACUGUUUCUAACUGCUGUCUGGAUCCUCUGUUGUAUUACUUUUCUUUUGACUCCUUCUGGAAGAAAAAAGAGAUUUCUAGAUAAAAGACCUGCUAUUUCCAAAAGUUGGUAUUCGAUUUACAAUGGGAUCUAUAUUUUUUAAGAGGAAUAACCUUUUCCUCUUAAACUCAUCACAAACUUUUCUGUAGUUCAACAAUUUGUAUGGCUUCACCAAUAAACCAACAGUAACAUGUUUGUGAAACUGCGUGUGAGAGAGAUGGUGAAAAGGGUAGUUGAAGUAGUGGUUCCGUGCUUUAUUUAGACCUAUGCUGUAGCAUGACAGCGUCAACCUCCAAAAGAAUGGUUGCUGUAGUAGAAACUGAAGCUUAAAAAAGACAGCUGCAAUGCUUUUUUUAUUUUACACAUUCAUGAGGUUACUUGUUGUCAGCUUAAGAACUUCAAUCAAUAUCCUUUGUUAAUUUUUUCAUAUUUAGUUUGACUAUUUGGAUCUAUUCAUGCGCAAAGUUUAGUACACUUCUGUUAUUUUUCUCCUAAAGCCUUCUCCUGAAUGAUUUUUCUAAAAUAAAUAAAUAAAUAACU